CCUUGUUUAAAAUUUUAAAUAUAUCGUAUUAUAUCUGGGUGUUUCGUUUGAAGGUUUACAUGUUUAACUUAAACUGAAUGGAUAUUAAAUAAGAUGCUAUUCUUAGUCUUGUUUUUGCUUGGGAGUUUAAAUGCAGUUACUGGAUGGCUGUGCCCUAUUGGGAAAGUAAUUCCAGGAAUAUACGUGAAUUCAGGACAACCAGCUAUCAUAGGUUUUCAGACCACCUUACAAACAUUUAAUGGAGGACUUCAGUACAGUGUAAGAGCGUUCAAUAAUAGUAACCUAUAUACUGCAGUGUUUUAUCAAAAUAAAUUUCAAAAUGGAAUCUCCUAUUUAGAGUCACAGUUCACUGGAGAUGCAAGUAGAGGAAAUUUCACCGUGAAGACUAAUGGCAUACACAGACAAGAUGGAGGAGUAUAUAUACUUCAGUAUAAACAAGGGACAGACUUACAUACAGAAAUGUGUUCCAUGCUGUUUGUGUUAGGUAAACCACGGAAGGCAACUGUUUCCCAUGACAACAACAAUGUACUGGGAAGAAACAGUCAACUAACAUGCAACAGUUCAUCUACUACCUAUCCAACAAACCACACCCUUAGUUUAACAUACAACUGGAAAGUGAAUGAUAUCAUGAAUCCUUCCUAUACUAGAUACAAGUAUGGAGCUUCAAGGAAAACACUGACUAUAACGUCUGUAACUAAAGAAGAUGCCAAUAAGAGCUUUAAAUGCGGUGCUACAGAAUUUGGAGAUGGUGUUACUGGCUUUACUUCUGAUUACAGUGACGAGAUCUUAUUCAAAGUAAUAUAUGGGCCAGAUCCCAGCACAAUAAAGCUGAUACCUUCUAUAACUACGUAUACACGCAAUGAGGGUGAUAGUCAAAAUGAUAUACAAUGUUCUGGUAAUUGUUAUCCAAGCUGUAACUAUAAGUGGACUAAAUCAGGAAGCAAUACUGCAGUCAAUAGAGCAACUCUAUCACUUGGUUCGCUGGACCGAACUAAAACUGGUGCAUAUACGUGUACAGUAAGCAAUCCUACAACAGGCAGUAAGCAAACAAAACCUGUCUCCAUAUUUGUAAGAUAUGGUCCAGACGCAAGUACAACAACCCUAACACCUGCCAAUACAACAUAUACUCUCGUUGAGAACACCCGUCUUGAUGACAUUGUAUGUGCUGCUGAUUGUUAUCCAGAAUGUAACUAUAAAUGGACAAAGCCUGAUAAUACAGUAGUCAGCAACAAUGGAGUGUUAUCACUUGGUGCUUUGAACAGGAAUGAGGCCACCACUUAUACAUGUACAGUAACCCGCUCUCAAACAACUGUAUCUGUUACGAAACAAGUAUAUGUCUUUGUAAUAUAUGGUCCUGAUACAGAUUCAGUAGAAUUGAGUCCUGUAAAAAGAACUUACAGAGAGAAUGAAGGCACACGUCUCCAUGACAUCACAUGUUCUACAGCGUGCUAUCCAAAUUGUACUUAUAAAUGGAAAAAGUCUGGAACAAACGCUGUAGUCAGUAACACUGGAGUUUUAACACUUGGGACAUUGGACAAAUAUAAGGCUGCAACAUACACAUGUACAGCUACAAAUCCGAGAAAGAGUGGCUCUGCGGCUACAGAUGUUAUCGUACAUGUUAGAUAUGGACCUGAUACAUGCACCAUAAGUUCAGUAUCUCCAUUGACAUUAACAGAAGGGAGAUCAUCACCUACAGUAUCUUGUGAAUCAGAAUGUUAUCCUUCUUGCUCACAUACAUGGAGUAACGUCUCAUCAAAUAGUGCUAUCGGGGAAAAUGGACAAUUUCAGCUUGUAAAGACGACAAGAUACCAAGCUGGAAAUUACCAGUGCUUUUGCAAAAACACAGCUACUGUACAAUAUGUCAAAAAUCAAACUGCAAUUUUGCAUAUUAUUAUUCAAUAUCCGCCUGAUGUAACUGUGUCGCUUUCAACAGAAGAUAUAACAGCGGGUAAUACACUCAGUAUAUCAUGUGAUGCAGACGGAGUUCCUUCAGUCUACAGCUACAAUGGGUUAACUCAAACAUGGAAUGGUACCCCUGUACCUAAUGCACAUACAGAAGUGAUUGGUACACCAAAAUAUAGUACACUACAUAUACCAUCUCUGCAGCUUCAAGACUCUGGCACUUAUACCUGUUAUGUAAACAAUGGAGUGAGGACAGCAGAUACCGUUUCAUCAGUGACUGUUAAAGUCAAAGUUCUUCCUAAAAUACUCACACACGUUUUAAUAUUUGCUGGAAGAGUUAGUGGACUAAUAAAUGUCAGUUUGCAGUUCUACAGUUUUCCUGACAUAGAGGAAGUUGCUUUCAAACGAUACGAUGACCAGACAAUAACAAAUGAUACUGCCAAGAAAUACAUUGUUUCUCAUUAUGAAACUACUGUGCGCGAUAAAUUCUAUGGAAAAGAAGUCAGUUUAAGUGGCAUGCAGGGCAAUCUGGUGAUUUCAAAUUUGAAGAAAGAGGAUUUCGGAAAUUACACGCUAAUUUUGAAAAAUGAACUUGGAAAUACUAUUACACCGUUUAUUAUUGAUGCAAUAAGUCCCCCGAGUGGUGCAUUUGACAUAACUAUAAACAAUAUUCAACAAAACACAGUACGUGUUUCCUGGAAACCUGGUUUCCACGGAGGGUUUGCCCAGACAUUUUUGAUUCAGCUAAGUACUGAUAGGACACAAUGGAGAAACGAGGAAACAAUUUACGGUGGGACAGAUGAAAGUGAAGAACCGAUGUAUGAAGUGUUGCAUAAUCUACAGGAGUCAACAACGUAUUAUGUACGGAUGUAUGCCUUUAACAGUGAAGGAAAUAGUCCUUUCUCUGAAGUCCAUAAUUUCACUACUCUUCCUAUUACAGAAGUGCAAGACAACAGUGCAGCAGUGACAGCUGGUGCUGUGGGCGGAGCAAUUUCGGCUGUGGUUGUUAUAGCGGUGAUAGUAGUUGUAGUGGUCCUAGUUCGGAGAGAAAUUAUCACAAAAGACACCAUCAGGACAAGAAUACAGAUCGCAAUCAGGAAAAAGCAGAAGGAUCAAGCAGAGGUGGAAACUGAUGGUCAAGAUAAUUCUAUAAGGAUGUAUGAGCAUCUAAAUCAUACCACAGGCAGCGAAAACACUAAUGUGUAUGAUGCUUUGAAAGUUGAUCUCAAAGCCACAGGCAACAGCAACAGCCAGUAUGAAAACCUUCCAAAGGCAGUUUCUACAUCUCCUACAUACGUGAAUAUUUCCACAGGCAAAUUGAACAAAAACGCUAACCAGACAUACGAAAAUUUGAAACUACAUUCGGAAAUAAAAGAUGGAAAAUGAAUAAACACUGUACGGUUUCCCGGUGAUAUUACUGGCAAUUAAUGACAGGCACACAAACUUGAAAGGACAUUGCAUUACUGGACAUUUGUAUUUUGUUGACUUAAAUAUGUAAAGAUCCUUUUAUACAAUUAUAAUCUUCUUUUCUAGCUGACAAUAGAGUACGUAAACGUUUAUAGAAAUAUACUUUAUUACUUGAUAGGGGAUACCCAUAAAGCCUACGCCCAUAGAUCUAUGGAAUGCAUUUAGACAUGGUGAUAACUUAGUUAUAAGACAUUGUUUGAUUAAUUUCGUACCUACUUCUGUUAGGAAAGUAAUACUAUGCAGAUUUUCUGUUACGUAGUGAAUAUUUUUUUCUGUUUAGAAUGUCUAAAUAAAUUGCACAAAAGAGCAAAUAAGGACUUCAACAAUAAACAGAAUUAGUCCAAACGCGUUUCCGUCGAUGAAAGUAUAUACAUUGACUACUAAAAGUACUAUGGAGUUUUAACACGUAUUCACGUAUUCAAGAAGUCAUAACGCACUUUGGCGUUGUUUUCAAACAUCCCAUCCUCACGCGAAAUACAUACAUUUUACCAGGUUUAGCCCAUAUCAACGGUGUUAGAACGUUUGCUAUUUUACCAACUGCCUCUCAGUAUAAAAUAUUAUCGUUUCCGAAAUUUAUAGGAGAAUGAGAGGGCUGUGGUUUUAAAACUUGGCUUUUCCUAUUUGUUUUGUAGUUUAAUUUUCGUUUGGGACACGAACAAUGUCCCGGAAUCCCGAGGACCCCAAAUUCUGCUCCAGGAUACAUUUUCAAUAACGACAAUGACAUAGCCAAAUUAAAUACCGAGUUACAUUAUUUUAACAAAAUAUUGGACCAAAAAAUAUAUAACCGAUGUUGCAUUCAACUCUCAAAAUCUGCUAAAUCUUAAAUCGUAUAUAUUUCUCUUUUUUUUUUGUUUCAAUUCUAAUUCAGCAACAACCUUUAUCAGUUGUUACAAAAUAACGGUAUUAGACUGUUACUGAAUUUAAUUCGAAACAAAGAAAUAAAUAAAUAUGAUUCAAGAUUCAGCAGUUUUGAGUGUAUUUUCAUCUUUUCAUACUUGAGGGAUCGCUUGUAUUGGUGGGAGAUCCCGAAUUCUACAUGUAGGGGGCCCUCUGGGACACCACUGAAAAACGUUAAAGGCCUGAUAGCUGGUGAUGCUUUUCAAAGUUAUAUGUAACAUAACAUCUCAAUACUCUUACCUCCUGGUUUGUUAAAGAAGCGGAUAUUUACCAUGAGUUAUGUAUGAACGUAGUGCUUGUUGUGAGCCACUCCUUUUGCUUUGAUACAUGUUUUAAAUUAAAUGCAUUUAUAUAAAUUAAAUUGUUUAGUUACGUUAAACAAUAUCCCUGAAUGUUUUGUGAAUUUGAAUUAUUGUGAAUGUUUUGUUAAUAUGAAUUACCAUGUCAAAGUAGCAAUAAAUAUUAUCCAAACAAAUUAUUUAUGAAUCGGAUAUUUUGAAGAGAGUUUCAUUAUGUGUUCAGUAUCUAAGCAAAUAAAGAAGAAAUGUGCAUGUUCAUUGUUAAAUACUAGUAAUUAUUUCAGAUUUUCUUAAAAGAAAUAAUGACAAUAUAUACACUUGAUGAAUGCAUAUAUACUAAGCUGCCCUGGUGUUUUAAGUUUUAUUUGUCGUAGAGAAACAGCGACCUUAUAUCUUUAUUUGUUUUUUUGAAAAUAAACAGUCGUCUAGCAACGCAGGUUGCGUUACUAUUGUGUAGAAAGGCGGUCAUUAAUUUUAGCACUAGAAUUUUUGUGGGCAGCCCCAGUUAAAGGUAGAUAGAAUUUAUUUCCUCCAAGGAGGUGAGCAUUAUACAUGUAUUUUCAAACAGAAAAAUAUACAUGUAUAAUGUGAAAAUGUAUUUUGCAAUAUAGCGACAAAAUAAAACAGAUUGUAUAUCAAUAUUCAUAAUAAACGCGUUUACAUGAUCCUACAAAUUAACCAAAUGAAGUUUUAUAUUUUAACUUUCCAAUUCAUUUUUGACAACUGAUACAAGAAUGUAUGAUGACUCAUAUGAAAUAAAGAAAAAAUGUCAAAAAAAACCCCAUAAAUCGUAAGUAGUAUAUUGUGGGCUCCAUAACCUCAGAUUCCCUUCCUCAAUUUCAGUUUGUUUAGUUCUGCCCAUUGUUUUUUAGUUUGGGGCAAACCCUUUACUUUAUCUGGGGACCAAACGCCGCUCUUCAUGGAAUUACACGCCUCAACACGUGUAUCAUUGAAGGUUCCAUGUGCACCGCCGUUUGAAUACAUCUGCGGAUGUCUCUAAAUUAUUUUUGUACUUUUAGCAUGUGUAAAUGUUGAGUUCUGCUCAACCCGGGGCUAGAGGGCGUGGACGGUAGCAUGCAUUUCCACUACCGUCCAUGAACAGGCUCAAUCAAACCGAGCCUGCAACAUUUUCGUUUUUGUCGUGUUGAGCGACCUGUGAAGUUUCCACUUUUCUCUAUUAUAU